AUGUAUUACCCUGGCUCAUCCACUUUCGACGAAAUAGAUUGGGAUGACCUGCGUUAUACCUAUGGAGUUGGGGAUGAUGUACAUGUGGUCAUCCCUACCGGAAUACACCGAUUCUUCAAUCCUCCUGAUGGAUAUUGUACCUUCUUUAAAGAGCAAUUCGUGGCUGGCCUUCGUCUUCCUCUCCACCCUUUCUUUCUGACAGAAGCUUCUCACGCGGCUCACCACGCCCACUCCGCAAAUGACCGCCUGAGCCAGGAUGCCCCUUCUUCCUCUAGACGUAGGGCUCGGCCGCCUUCCGGUGAUUCUGAUUCGGAUGGUAAGCCGCUGGCUCAGAGACUUCGACGCCGAGCCCCUCGUCCUGUGCCCGACUCAGGUCCGUCUGCUGUCCCUUCUCCUUCACCUCCUGUGGCUGUCGCUUCUCCUCCUCUGCCUCCUAUUGCGACCCCGACUCCUAUUCCCCGCCAGGCCGAUGUUUCACCCGAUUUCACCACAGCUCCGAUCAAGCCUCCCACUGUUCAAUCUUCUCCUCCAGCUCAACCUCCUACUCAACCUUCUACGUCACCGCAGCGCCAGAGCACCGAGGCUAAUCCCUUGCGUCGCUCUCCGCCAGCUACCUCACCUCCAGAGCCAUCUUCUGUGCCUCCAUCGUCUCCUUCUGGGUCAGCUGCUGGGCCUUCUAGCUUCGCCGCGGGGCCUUCACAACCACCUCCACCUGUCCCUAUUUAUUAUCGUACCAUUGCUCCUUCAGAGGCUGGACUACAGUCAAGGUGGGACAUUCUCACCAGCUCCCUGACCAUGAAAGGUCGCCUAGCCACUGUGUGGGAAGAUAGCAAGCGUCAAAUGGAACUUUUACCGCCCCUCGCCCAGAUGGAUAGAUUUUCUGAGCUAUACAUCAAGGCUUGUGCAGAGUCCUUGAAUAUAAACCAAUCUUUUCAUGCUGCUCACCAUCAAAAUAAGAUGUUGCAAGACAAGGUAGCUGAACUGGAACUUCAAUUGAAUAACCCAGCGCAAGCCAGUCACGCCCUGAGGGCUGAAAUAAAAGCUCUAACGAAAAAGAAGAAUAAUCUGGAAGUAUCCUUGGCGAUAUCUGACCAGAAGCUUAGGUAUCUCAAGGAAGAAAGAAGCCAAGUCGAGGUUGUGCACCAGCAACUCAUGGAUCAGCAAGCUUUGGAGCAUCAGCGAGCUAUGGAUCAAUUGGCUCAAAAGUUGCGUGCCGCCGAAACCUUAGCGCAGGAACAAGACAUGAAGCUAAAAUCCCAGGUGGCCCAAUUGACAUCCCAAGCAGCAGAACUAUUAACAGCUCGGACUGAACUGGCUCAGGCCCGGGCCACUGCUGAGGGAGUAUCUACAGCCCUGUCCAUCUAUAAGGAAGGAGAGAAUGACCGCUGUCAAUAG